CAAACAUGCCAGUAAUAUUAAGGCCAAUUGAAGCUAACGAUAAGGAAAGAUGGAUUGAACUUUGGACCGGACCAGGAGGAUAUAUCGAGUUUUACAAAUCACUUGAUAAGAUAACUCCAGAAAUCUCUAAUGAAACAUUCAGAAGAUUUCUUGAUCCUAGUGAACCAGUAUAUUCUGUGGUUGCCAUUGACGAUUCAACCGGGACCAUUAUUGGAUUCGCCAAUUAUUUAACUCAUAGAAACACCUGGACAAUUGAAAAUUCGCUUUAUUUGAAUGACUUGUUUGUAAGUGCUGACAAUAGAUUACGUGGUGUUGGAAGGAAAUUAAUUGAAUAUAUUUAUGGUGAAACUGAUAGGUUGAAUUGCAAGGCUUGCUAUUGGGCUACUCAAUUUGGUAACCAUCGUGCACAAUUGUUGUAUACUAAAGUUGGUGUAAAGAGUGGAUUUUUGUUAUAUAACAGACCAGAAUAGUCUUUUUAUAUUAUACAUGUCAGAAUUAAGUUUGUAGAUUAAUUAGUACGUCAAAGCAUACCCCCCGAAUAAAUUGGUUGCUACCAUGCAUCAACGACUAAAUAACCUCCAAGAUACUGCGCCUCAUGGCUGAUUGAUCAACACCAGUUUCUGAUUCAAUUACUGACUAUAAUUGUCACUUCAUUGAAAAUAGAAACUAUGUUACUUUUGAUUCGUAGUGAUUUCCACCAGUUUAUAUAUUGAAUAAACAACUGAUUCUU